AUGAGUUUAGUAAAAUCAUUUGAGUUAGCUCUAAAAUAAAACGACAUCCUAUCUAAAGUGUUGCCAAUAUUGAAGUUCAUCAAUUAGACUAUCCCAUUUCCACAAAAGCAUAGUUUGAUACAUGAACCUAGAAUUAUUAGAUUUUUAUUAUAAUUGCAUAGUCUAAUACCAGAUACUAUAGAUAUGAUUUUAAUGUCAUUACUAAAUAUAUUCAAGCAUUCAAAGGAAUGGAUUGAUGGUUGCUUUAAAGCUAUUGAAGAAUAUGCUUAACUUCCAAAUCAAGGAAAUGGAAAAUAUGUUGCUUUAGAAUUUUUAGAAACUGUUUUAAUUGAAAUCUCUGAAUUAGAGUAAUAAAAUAAGUAAUUAAUAUUAGUUUUGAUGUUGAUGAUAAAUGUUAUGCUUUCAUUAUAUUUCUUUAAAAUGCAGAAAAUGAAAAAUUAGUAAGGGCAAUUAUGAAAAAAGUAGGAUAAAUCUAACAAUAAUUAGGACAUAGAAUGAAAUCUGCAAAUCAAUUAAAUUAGCUAAUUGAAGAAAGUAAUUAAAAUUAUUUGAUUAAAGAAUAGCUGUAUUAAAAUUAUACCAAGAGGAGGUUUAAAAGAAUACAAAUGAAUUUCAUUAUUAAAAUGUAGCCAUUGAAUUAUAAGAAAAAGGUAGUUAAGCAAGAAAAGGUUCAAAACCAAAAAUGUCAUUAAUGGCAAUGAAUAUCCUUUAAUCUUAAUCAUUAUCUUCCAAAAUGCCUUCCAAAUAGUAGCUCAAUAAUGAUCAUAUAAAUAAUAAUAAUUCUGAUGAUUCCAUUCAAGCAAGUGAAGUGAAUCUUGAUGAAAUUUUAAUUUAACAUAAACCAAGAAUUGAUUCAGAGUAAAGUGAAUAUCUAGCAGACAUAGAUGCUUUAUAAAACUUAUUUGCAUAUAUUACUAAUCCUGUGGCUACAGAACCAGGAUUAAUCUUUGCAACAGAUGCCUUAGCAAAUGAUAUUCAAUAGCAUUGUGAUGAUAAUCAAUACAAAUAACAUGUAAUGAAACCAGAUAAAUUAACUACUCUAAGAUCCUAUAAAGCUAUGUUAUUUCUAACAGAUUACCAUAAUCAUCAAAUGAUCAUGUAAAUUAACUCACAUACUAUGCAAAUUGCUUGUAAUUAAUGAAAUCUAUUUUAGUCCGUAGUAUAUCUGGAUUUUUUUAAAACUCAUAAUCAAGUGGAAAUUUGACUCAUAUUAUUGGUCUACUCUAGUUUUAUUUAAAGUAUGAAUUGAAAGAAACCGUUUAUAAUUUUCUCUACUUUUAAUUUCAUCAGUAAUUUUUAGAUUAUCUUUGUAUUUGCAAUAUUCAUUAUAUUAGAUAAUCCCCAUUAUUUAGAUUUUCUUAUGAGAUUUAUGGAUCCCAAUUAUUCAAAAAUUCCUUAGGAUUUAAGAAAUUAUAUUUGGUAAUUCCUCAAUCGUUAAGGAUAUAUUACUCUGCUUGUAAGUAAGAUUACAAAUAAGGAAAAAGAAGGAAUAUUUAAUAAAAGGAAAGAUAUUACAAAAGAAGCCUAUUAAUUUUUAAAACAUAUUAAUGACUAUAAAUUACAAUUAAUUCAAGAUGAUGAUUAAGCAGCAAUAACAUAUUCUAUCAGUAGUAAUAUUGAUCAAUAUUUGGGUCCUUUGAUUCCAGGAAAAACUUUGAUUUAAAAUAAGCAACUUUUAGAAAGAAAAAUGUUAUUAAGUUCACAUCUCAGAAGAGGCUCAGACUUAUCAAGUUUAACAAGAUAAAUCAAUAAAGUUAUUAUUCAAGAAAAUAUUGAUUUAUCUGAAUUAAAUUAAUAAGGCAAAGAUAUAGAUAGAUUAUAGGAUGUAGUUUAAUUUUAUAAGGAAAUUAGUACUCCUGCUGAAACUCCAACAUUAUAUAAUGUAUACAGAUAAGCUUCAGAAGGAAUGAAAAAUAUUUAAUUUGAACAUCGAUCAUAAAGAUCCUAAGCUACAGAACCUCCGUUAAAUAUUAUUUAAUUAUAAAAUUCUAUUAGACUUCCUUCUUUAAAUAUUUAGCCUACAUGCAUAAUUACUGAAUUAACAACAUCAAAAAAUACUCAACGUAAACAAAAAUCAAUGACAUUUUCUGAAAACAAUCCAGGUUAAACAAUUAGUAAAAGAUCUGAUCAACCUUAGUAUAUGAGUUUGGUUGGUACCAGUGGUAAUUAUUAAUAAAUAAUAUAGAUAAUAUUUCAACUUACAGAUAAAUUAAUUUAAUGUAAACACCAACUUCUUAGGCUAAAUUAUUUGUUUAUUAUCCAAAUUAAGAUAAUAGUGUUGUAGACACAAUAAUGAAAGAGGAAUAUUCAAAAUAUGAAACCUAAAAUGAUGAAAUAACAUCAUUAAGAAAUAGUAAUCUAUUAAAGAUUAUUAUUUAAUCAAUGUAAAAUUUUGAAUAUCAUUAUGCAUUUGAUGAACUUCUAGACGAUUAGUAUAUUUUAUUCGAAAAACUAUUAAAUCAUUAUUCUCUUACUUAAACAGCCUUAUUUUAAAGUUCAUAUGAAGAAAAUAGUUCGAAUAAUUGUUAAAUUAUUCUUAUUGAUCUAAUUCAAAGAAUUAAUAAGAAACCUAUGAAUGAAAAACUAAGCAAACUUUAUGUUAUAUAUCUACCAAGAAUAUGCAGAAAUUUAACUAAUAUGCAUAAAAUGUAGAAUGAAAAAAUAAGUAAGGAAGAAUUCUUUUCUAAUCAAAAUCAUAUUGGAGGUAUAAGAAUUUUUAGCACAAAAAUAAUUGAUUUAAUUUUAAGAAAUUUUAAAUAAAGAAAUCAUCGAAUUUAUUUAAAGCUCAAUGAUACUUCUUCAUUUAAUUUAAAUGAAUAAUUUCAUCAAUUACCUAAUCCUUUUUAUUAAUAGAUAUUUUAUUCUAUUAUGAAAUAAUUAUGUUUAUUUGCUUAAGAAAAAUAAGUUUAAGCUAUAUUAUUUAAAGCUAAUCUGUUGGAAGGAAUCAGUUAAGCAUUUCAUAAAAAUGUAGUAAAUAAAGUAAUAGUAAGAUAAGGAAAUGUAGAGGCAUACCUACUUCAUUUAGCUUUACUUAGUUAAUUAAUUAUAUUAGUUUAUGAAUUGAGGGAUGAUUUAUAAUCCUAUAAAACCUCAUUAUUAAGAUUGUAAUGCUUUUAAAAUUUAAAAGAAGUAAUUGAAAUGUUUAAAAAUAAUAAAUUGAUUUAAUUAUAAGCCUUGGAUAUUUAAAAACAACUUCAGAAAAAAAAAUGA